AACUAAAACCCAGAAGAAUGACGAUGCCAAAGAAAUCUCUCAUCAGUCUUGCCUCGGAUUCGGCUGGAAAUGACGACCGGACACUGGUGUUGCAGAAAUCGCCGGAGAAAAUCAACCAGAACAGACGCAAAUUGAAGACAAAGCCGACAAUAAAGAAGAAGAAGGCGAAAGUGGAUGAUAAGAAGCCAAAGAAACCUCCCACUGCUUUCUUCUAUUUCUUGGAGGAUUUCCGCAAAGAAUUCCAGGAACAGAAUCCAGACAUCAAAACAAUGCAAGAUAUUGGGAAAGCUGGUGGAGAAAAGUGGAAAACAAUGAAAUAUGAGGAUAAAGUUCAAUACUACGACUUAGCCACCGUUAAAAGAGCGGAAUUUGACAAAGCCAUUGAAAAGUAUAAUGAGUGGAAGUUUCAGGAAAUUCGGAAACACCAAGUGAACGAGGACUCAGACUAUGAAGAGGAAUGACGCAAGAACACGCCAAUUAUAGUUAAGUGAUCCAUUAUGUCUGUUUUGUUUAUACAUUAGUCAAACUGUCCAGGGCUCGUGAUGAUCAUGAAGGGUUGUUGAUUUUUGAUUUUAUUAAAACAGAUGUAGUUCUAUAAUAUAGUUUAUGCUAUUAAUAAUAUUGAUUUAAAUGGUUUAAAAAAAUUGAAUUCUUUUUCCAUUUGGUCUGGUACCUUUAAUCCUACAUGGUGGUCAACCUUUAUCACAAUGACAACUAUUGAAAUUGGUAGA